GACUCAGUUGUGCCUCAAGAUGUUUAACAAUUUGCUGCCCGUUGUUGGCUCAGUGCUGCUGUUGGCUGCCGCGUGUCAGGCGGCCGCAGUGCCCGGCGGACGUGUGGUGGGCGGCGAGGAUGCGACCAAGGGACAAUUUCCCCAUCAGGUGUCGCUGCGUCUUCGUGGCUCCCACAACUGCGGCGGCUCGAUUAUCUCACGCAACUAUGUACUGACGGCGGCCCACUGCGUCGUCUACUUGGAUACCGACUUCGAGCAACAGGUGUAUUCGCCCGACCUAGUCACCGUGCGCGUGGGCACCAACGAUCGCUUUAGCGGCGGCGCCCUGCACGACAUCGCUGAGAUCAUUGUGCAUGAGAACUAUUUGAACUUCGUGAACGAUGUGGCGGUGAUGCGUGUUAAAUCGCCGUUCAUCUACUCGGAGAACGUGCAGCCCAUUCCGCUGGCCAGCAAGGAUACGCCUGGAGGCGUCGAUGUCGUCAUCUCCGGCUGGGGCCGCCUCACGCAUGGCGGCGAUCUGCCCCGCUACCUGCAAUGGAACACGCUCCGAACUCUGACGGUGGACGAAUGCGAGAAGUCGAUUGCCUGGGGCGAGCCGGCUGGCCUCUGUCUGAUGCACGAGGCGAACAAUGGCGCCUGCAACGGCGACUCUGGCGGCCCGGCGCACUACAAUGGCGAGCUGGUGGGCGUGGCCGGUUUCGUUGUGGGCGGCUGUGGCAACAUCUAUCCAGAUGGCUAUGCCCGUGUUUACUAUCACGUGGAGUGGAUCAAGAAGCAUACGGAUCUGGAGUAGACUCGAAAUGUUCAGUUAGCUGUUAAUUGAUUUA